AUGGAUUAAGUUGACAUUGAAACCAUAAAUCAAUAAGCCAGAAAGGCUAAGGAACUCUUCAAUGAGGGGAAACAUAAUGAAGCUGAGGUCAUGAUGCAAGGAGUAAUGCAAUAAGCAUUAGCUUAUUAUAAAGAUGAAUUAGCAGUCGAAAUGGCAGAAUAUUACUACAUGUAUGGAACAAUUAUAGUUUUGAAACUCAGUGAACAACAAGAUGUAUUUGGUUAAAGAACUAGGGAAGCAGAAAACAAUGCUCUUGGUGUUUAAGACCCUGAAGACACUUAGAGUGAAAACGAAGGAGAAUAAAUAGAGGAUGGAGACAUCGAGGAAGAACAUAAAGUGUAGGAAAAUAAACCUCAUGAGAACAUUGAAGAUUUGGAUGAUUUUCAUAUUGCAUGGGAAAAUUUGGAAGUUGCUAGAGUCAUACUAGAGAAGGAAGUCUAAUCGCAGAAGGAUAAGGGAGUCCAGGAAUUUAAAUAUAUGCGAAAUCUAGCAAAGGUCUAUAUAAAACUUGCAGAGCUAGAUUAAUGGAGAGAUAAAUUCGAUGAUGCCUAAGAAAAUUUAUAAAAAUCCUUAUAAUUGAGAUUGUAAUGUGAAAAUCAAGAGAUCUCCAGAGACAUUGCUGAGACCUACUUCUUCUUGGGAAAUGUCACUUUGUACAAUUACAAGGAAGGUAAAGAAGAGGAAGCCCUUGGGUUUUAUUUGAAAGCAUUAUAAAUAUUAGAAAAUCACCUUUGCAAAUUACAAAACAAAGAAUAAAAACAAAUUACUCUUCAAGAUGCUUAUGAAAGAGAACAUCUUAAAAUAUCGUUUUUAGACAAUGAAGAUACUAAAGAAUUGAAACAAGUUUUAUCAAUGCUUUAUGACAAAGUAGAAGAUACAAAUAUAGCAUGGAAAGAGAUUCAAACAGAGGAAUGGAAGAGAGCACGUGAGGAAAUGUUGAAUAAAGCACAACUUAUUGAAUAAUAAUAAGUGUAGUAAUAAUAGUUCACUCAAUAACCUAUUUAAGAAGAAAGAUAAAUAAUUUAAUUGGGGAACUUUGGAAAUGCAAGAAGGAGAGUCGAAGUCAUUGAAUAACAACAAUAAAACCCUGUAGUAUAACAAAAUAAUCAAGAAAACGUUUAAGAAAAAUAAAAAGAAGAAGAAGAGGAAGAACCCAAGGAAGAUGCAAGUAAGAAAGUCAAAAUUGAUUGA